AUGAUCGUGAAAAGUUCGGUAGUUUUGAUAGUGGUAACAUUUGUUUCAACAGGUGAGGUCUUAUUUACCAAGCUUCGUCAACAUCACAAAAAAGAAUGUGAGCCUGUUCCAGGAUGUACAGACAAUGGCGUAUUUUAUCCUGUUGGGGCCUCGGUACCGCAAAAAAAUCCUUGCAAAACCUGUUAUUGUGCUGAAAAUGGAUUGGAGUGUGCAGAAAUUGCUUGUGAUGCUCCACCACCUGGAUGUGUCACUCAAAAUAAUCCCGAUCAAUGUUGCCCUGAAAUUUUAUAUUGUGGUUGUGAGGUUGAUGGCGCAAUCAUUAAAAUUGGUGAAGAAAGUCCUGAUAAUACUCCAUGCACUAAUUGUACUUGUGUAGAAUCAGAUAACGGUCCAAAUCUUUCUUGUGUGGUGCAUGAUUGUUCACCCACACCACCAGGAUGUGUCACUCGAAAUAAUCCCGAUCAAUGUUGCCCUGAAAUUUUAUAUUGCGGUUGUGAGGUUGAUGGCACAAUCUAUAAAGUUGAUGAAGAAAUUGCUGAUAAUGAUCCAUGUUUAACUUGUGCUUGUGUUGCACGGGACACCGUUUCUUGUAACGAUAUGUCUUGUGAUGCUCCACCACCAGGAUGUGUCACUCAAAAUGUUCCUGGUCAAUGUUGUCCCGAAAUUUUAUAUUGUGGUUGUGAGGUUGAUGGCGCAAUCAUUAAAAUUGGUGAAGAAAGUCCUAAUAAUACUCCAUGCUUUAAUUGUACUUGUUUAGCAUACGACAAGGGUCCAAAACUUUCCUGUGUGGUAACUGAUUGCGAUCUGGAAGGUGAAUUACGAGGAUGCGUCACCCAAGAUGUUCCUGGUCAAUGUUGUCCUGAUGUUUUAUAUUGUGGUUGUUAUGAUGAUGAUGGUACAGUCUACAAAAUCGGUGAUGAUGUUCCUAAUAAAGAUCCAUGCGUAACUUGUGCUUGUGAAGCACGGGGCCCCGUUUCUUGUUACUAUAACUCUUGUUUAGCUUUAGCCCCACCGCCAGGGUGUGAAAAUGCGCAACCCUCUCCUGGUGCUUGUUGUCCUGAUUAUCAGGCACUCGGUUGUGAAACUGUAUAA